AUGGAUCUUAGCUAUGGAUCUUCCGGAAGCUCUGCUUUUGACAGCAGUUCUAAAUUUUCUGCCGGUUCGACCUUUGGUGCUAGCCAGGCGGCCAACCUAGCCGCCUCUUCUACAUCCGGUUUUGGUUCGGAAUCUUCCUUCACUAGUGGAUCAAAUACUGGAUCAUCCGUUGUGAUUCCUAUUGUUGGCGGUACUUCUGGGGGCCAUGAAUCGUAUUUGCAUGAAGAGCGUCGCUCCGAAAAUCAAGUUGCCACUCCCAUUACCUACACUGCUCCUUCGGGUGGCUCGGAAAAAUACUAUCACCAUGAGGAGCGCCGCGUAACCAGUGCUGCUACACCGAUGGUCUACCCUGUAUCCUCUGGAGGUACUGAAAAAUACGUGCAUCACUCCGAGAAGCGUGUCCAAACUUCUGCUCCAGUCAUCCAGUUUGCUCCUUCUUCCGGUGGCGAAAACUACAUUCACCAUGAAGAGCGUCAUAUAGAGCAACAACCCCAAGUUUUAUAUACGGCACCCUCCAGUGGAGGUUCGGAAAAGCUUUUCCACCUCGAAGAACACCGUGUGCAACCCGAACCCAUUACAUUACAAAUUCCCUCUGGCGGCAUGGAGAAAUACGUCCACCAUGAAGAACGCCGUGUCCAGAAUCAAGCCCCAGUUAUUCAAUACACUGCUCCUUCUGGUGGUUUGGAGAAAUAUAUUCACCAUGAAGAACGCCGUGUCCAGCAGACACCAGUCCAAAUGGUUGUAGCUCCCUCCGGUGGACAAGAGUCUUACAUGAAAUACCGCAAAGUUACUUCGACUUCGUCACAGCCCCAGAUGAUCGUAUCCAGUCCCUCGUCAUCUUCAUCGUACCUUCACCAACAAUCAUCGUCAUCUGCCAACUCAGGUUCCCAAUUGGGGGCACUUGUAAGCGGUGGUCUUACCAGCUCCACAAACUCGAACUCUGGUUUUGGUUCAUUAACCAGUGGCUCCAUGAAUUCUGGAUCAUUGACCUCUGCGUCAUCUAACUCCAUGUUCAAGUCCGGUUUCGGUCAGCAAGCUUCGACUGGCUUUGGUGCAGGCAUGAAUAGCGCCGCUAUGACUGAUUCAUCGGCUUUCGGCUCUCAGUCAAAAUUCGGCUCUUCAUUUGGCUCGGAAUCCAAUUUCAAUUCCAAAUUCGGAUCUCAAUUUGGCAGCUCCUUUGGAGGUUCGUCAACCGCAUCUUCCUCUGGAUUGAGCAGCUAUAUGGCAGAAGCUGAACGUCUAGCUAAAAUGCAAGUGCAAGGAAUGAAUGUCGGUGGCACACGCACUGGUGGUAGCCAAUUCAACUCAAAUUUUGAGAGUGGUAUGAUGGGAGGUAGUAUUGGUGGUUUUGGUGGCACUGCUGCUCUUGGCACAGGUGGCACUGCUGGUUUUGGUACUACAGCUGGUGCAGGUGGUUUCGGCAGCACUGCUGGUCUAAACGCUGGUGCAGGAGGUUUCGGUAGCGCUGCUGCUCUCAAUGUAGGUGCUGGCGGUGCUGGCAGUGGUUACAAAACCAAAUCCUGGGAAAAGGCAUCCAAGUGGUCAAGUCAAUCUGAGUUCGGCUCUGACGGUCAAGUAAAGAACUACAAAGAAAUGUCCACUGGCGAAAGCGAGAACUACGACAUCAACGGCCGCCGUGUAGGAUAUAAGGCUGCCACUACCACCCUUGAUGAUAAUGGCAAAUUGAGCAGCUACAGUCUCCACACAUAAGAGGUCAACAUUCUUACAUGUGUUGAUCUAAUUCGAUUUCAAUUCCGAAAUUUGAUAAGACUAUCAUUAUUAAUAAUAACAAAUAACGAAAAUAACAA